AUGUUUCAUCAGUGGGAACAACAUCCGCAUCUAGACCGGCGGAAUCGUCCACGAACGCGUAAUGGCUGUCUGACCUGCCGGCGGCGCAAGGUUCGCUGUGAUGAGAAGCGGCCUGAGUGUGGGCACUGCAGUCGAUUACAACUAGAUUGCUCUUGGCAGCAGGAAGAUGGUCCCAGGUUUGGAAUUCGAACGAAGAAAUUCAGACACCGUCAAAAGCUUCAAUCCGAACAGCCCCAGCCGGCGAUCGAACUCGCAUCGGCCUCAAUCGCAGCAAAAGAAAGUCAAGGGACUUUACCGGCGGAUGAUUCGUCCUUUAACCAAAUCUUCAACUAUGCAAGUUUCAUGUGGGAUGACUAUCCGCCUAGUCUCUCCCCAACCUGGGAUAUUCUCGAUCUGAGCUCGUCGCAGGAUCUACUCCCAUGGUCCGAUACAUCUCUUGCGGUAUCAUCUCCACUGGAUCUACAUUUCCCUCCUUCGAUCGUGAGUUCCACGACGCUGCUGGAACGACCCUCUAAAACAACAAUUCCUUCGCCGAUGGGAUCAUCGCAUGUCGCAAUGGGAUGGAGCGAGUCUCAACUGGCUGAUUAUUUUGCUCGCUCUGCCGCACCUCCGAUACUUGCAACGGUGGAGACCAGUUCACGCUGGCUUUGGAUGCGAAAAGAGCUGACAUCAAUGACUUCAUCGUCCCGGAUGGUCAAAUAUGGUGUGAUAGCAUUCGUGGCUCUGGAACUCGAGUCAUCGGGCACACUGGAGCCUUCGACCUAUACACAAUAUUAUCAGACCGCGAAAGCGAAAUUACAGGAGUGUCUCAGAGACAUUUGCCAAGAUCGGAAAAUAAUUCUAUCUCAGCUACGACAUAUUCUAGCCGUCCUUUUCCUGCUGUCAUAUAUCGAUCUACUUACAAAAGAUGUGUCAAAUGCGCAUGCCAAUUUACGAGAAGGCUUCAAUACCCUGCAGAUGGUGGAAAUGGAAUCCCUCAGUGUCACUGAAAAGCGCCUACUUUCUUGGUUACGACUUUUGGAUGCGCGUGCAGUCAGUGCUGGGGGCGAGGGCCUGUUUUUGACAGAAGAAGACAGUGCCAUUAACACUGAUCUCCGAUCCCCUGAUAGCGCUAUUACAGAAAUCGAUGCCGGCCUAGACGACGCGGAGGCAGCACUCGAAGAUUAUAUCAUGCGACCCGCUUUCUUUUUCUUCCAGAAGGUGCAACUGUUCAUGGGUCGAAUAUCUAAAAUUGACCCUUGGCAUCGACGCCGCGGCACAGUUGAAGAUGAAACAGAGGUAAUGUUGAUAUCCGCUGCCAUAAGUCGAGACAUCAAAUCGCUUUGGCAGCAACGACCACCUCUCAUGGACCAUGCCGUUGCUGGAACUCUCGCACCGCUUCUGUCCCCUGCACUGGCCGAGACUAUUACACGAACCAUGAGGGUGUAUCAUGCAAAUUACUACGCCAGCUUCAUUCACUUGCACCGAGUUUCAUAUAAAAGUAAGGAUUUAUCCUAUAUUUUUGAUUCCUUAUAUCUAACAGUGACCCUAGAUCUCCCACGAACGACUGAUGUUCUCGAUGCUAUGGAUGAAAUCCGUCAAGUGACGCGACUCAUUAUCAAUACCCCAUGGACAUAUUCUCCCCCGGACACAUCAGUAGUUAGCUCACCAACCAACUCGACUGGGGUCGGCGCGUGCCUCCCAGUGAAUAUGUUAUGGCCUUUAUUAAUGCUGGGUGUCGAAAGCGAGGAUGCCGAGGAACGGGCCUGGGUUAUCUCUUGCAUAAAAGGGAUGGAGAAAGUUGCCUCCAAUGCAAGAAUGACAGCCGAGGUACUUGAUGAGGUCAUCCGGCAACAAGAUGAAACGAAGCAGAGGAUGGACAUUCGAAAAGUGAUGCACGAUACUUUCGAUCGGGUCUUUGCUAUUGUAUAA